CAUUUUUCCACGCCCCCUCCAUCACCACCCUCCCUCAUCCCCUGUCCGCCCCUCCUUCAUCAGCUAGGCUCUUAGUUCCGUGGGGCGCGAGACCAUCCAUGGCUUUCCGGUCCGUCCUCCACGACCCCAUCCCAUCAACCGCCCGUUCGACACCGAUCCAAGCUUCCAAGCCACAAACGGCCCCUUGCACUGAGCGGCAUACACGUGGUGGAGAACAACGCCAAUGGAGGACUGUCCCCCUCAGAGACGCCUCUUUUUGCUCUAUCCGUUUCUCUCUGAAGCUCGUUCAGGAAGAAAAGAAGAAAACAUUGAUGCCAAGAGCUCCCCUUCAUCUCGUCAUUCUCGGCUCGGGACCGGCGCGGCGCUUUUGGGAAAGCAUUUGUGUUGCACACGCGGCCCACCUACCAGCUGGAUUUCGGGACCCCUCAAGCCACAGCGGCCUUCUGUCAAACAGCAAACAAGCAGUCUCUGGUGUGCUGAAUGAUAUUAUUUGCAGUCCCGCCGCCUAGGGCCAACAAAUGGCUCGAGCCGACGGCUUAUAGCAUGAUGCUUCAUUCAAACAAGCAAAACCUCUGUCCGAAACGGGGCAC